ACCACAAGUAAACUAAACCUGCCGUGUCCAAGCUUCUCUGCUUUCCAAACAUUAAAGAAAAAGCCUUGUAAUGGCAGCAGCUCAGGCAAUCUCCUUUGCUCUUCUUUUCAUUCUUCAGCUACACUUGUAUGGAACUACCGCCGAUUAUGGAGGAUGGGAGAGUGCUCACGCCACUUUCUACGGCGGUGGUGAUGCUUCAGGCACAAUGGGAGGUGCAUGUGGGUAUGGGAAUUUGUACAGUCAGGGGUAUGGAACCAACACUGCAGCUCUAAGCACAGCUUUGUUCAACAAUGGCUUGACCUGCGGUGCUUGCUAUGAAAUGCGAUGCAACAAUGACCCCAGAUGGUGCCUGCCUGGCACCAUCACCGUCACCGCCACAAACUUCUGCCCGCCGAAUUUCGCUUUGUCCAACGACAAUGGUGGAUGGUGCAAUCCUCCACUCCAACAUUUCGAUAUGGCAGAGCCUGCUUUCUUGCAAAUCGCACAGUACCGCGCCGGAAUAGUGCCGGUAGCCUUUAGAAGAGUGCCGUGUGUGAAGAAAGGAGGCAUAAGAUUCACCAUUAAUGGCCACUCUUACUUCAACCUGGUCCUGAUCACCAACGUUGGCGGUGCAGGGGAUGUCCAUGCCGUCUCGAUCAAGGGCUCUAAAACAGGGUGGCGACCAAUGUCAAGGAACUGGGGCCAAAACUGGCAGAGCAACUCAUAUCUCAAUGGCCAAAGCUUGUCCUUCCAAGUCACCACCAGCGACGGCAGGACUGUGACAAGCUACAACGUGGUGCCUGCUGGUUGGCAAUUUGGUCAGACCUUCGGAGGGGGUCAAUUUUAAAUUUGGGGAGGUAGAUUAGUGAGAAUUUGUAUAUGUUUUAGUUGCGUAUGCGUUUUAAUUCCCUUUUUUUUUCAUAUUUUGUAAGAGCCAAGAGUUUGUAGUGGAAGUCCGGGAAAGUGGCUCUCUGAUUGCUGAGGUUGCUAAACAAAUAGCACCCGCCGGGCCUUUCACAUAUAAGUUUGUUUUUGGAAAUUUCUCUGUAUCAUUCAGGGGAUAUCCCAUUUCCCCCAUUUUGUAGCACUUUGUGCUAUAUGAUAUCAAAUAGUAAUACAUGAACACUGCAGAUGAUCAUGAUCUGUCCAUUCUGUACCA